GUAAAAAAGGGAGCCACAAAGGCCGUGUGCGGCAGUACACAAGUCCUGAAGAGAUUGAUGCUCAGAUUAAAGCCGAGAAGGAAAAGGCUCAGGAUGAGGAGUUUGGUGAAGGAGGCGCUGCUGGAGAUCCCACGAAGGAGAAGAAGGAGCCGAAUUCAGAUGACAGUGACGAGGACGAUGAUGAAGACUAUCAGGCAAAGCGUAAAGGAGUGGAAGGUCUGAUAGAUAUAGAGAAUCCUAACCGGUUACCACAGUCAUCCAAGAAGGUCACUAAUAUCGAUCUGGAGCGGCCUAAGGAGCUUUCGCGUAGAGAGAGGGAAGAAAUUGAGAAGCAGAAAGCAAAAGAGCGCUACAUGAAGAUGCAUUUAGCAGGAAAAACUGACCAAGCAAAGGCCGACCUGGCGCGACUAGCGAUAAUCCGCAAACAGAGGGAGGAGGCGGCAAAGAAAAAGGAAGAAGAAAAGAAAUUGAAAGACACAACGGCCACGUCCACCAAAGGCAUACAGUCGAUGUCUCUGAACUAAUCGCCUAUUCACCGCCAAGCAGCAGCUACUGGAGUGCAUCCCUGGGCCCGUGCUGUCAAACCGCUCAUAGACUAACUGCCUCCUGGCUUACCCCAUACGCCCCAGAGCACCCCUUUGUGUCUGCACAGAUCCCGGACCAGGGACACAGAGCGGGCAGAGACUGAACACACUUAGUGCGCAUUAGGUUGCUGAGUGUUUGCGGAUUUGGAAUCCUGGUGGGAGGGAAUAAAGUUUACAUUUGGAAUGAAAGUUGUUUAUUUUUAUUGGAUCUGGGAUUUACAUAAAUCCCAGCCCUGAGCACAAGCUAUUCCCCGCCCCCUUUUUACAAAUUCCGUGUAACUAAUGUUAGUGUCUUGAUGCAAAAUAUCCAGUUGGGGGACCAGAUUCAGUUUGUAUCUGGUGGAUGUGACACAUUGUCAAAUGCCCAGGGAAGCCUCACGUGUAAUCACAGGAUGUCUGCGCUGGACAUUUUUAUUCAUUGAUUGGGUCUGUAGUAAGCAACUGGAAAUACAACGUAAUAAGAAUGUCCGUGCGCUUAGGGUCUCUGCUGUGUGUGGCUUGUCGUAUAGCGUGAGUUUAGGGUUGUACUGCUUAAGGGGACUUGGUCAGGUACGUUCAGAAAGGGUCUUAGUAGUAAAGUUUCUUCCAAAUGAUCCCAGCCCAUGCUUGCCGGUUAAACCAAAGCAAGUUCCUGUUGUCAUUGAAUCUCUCCCCUAUUUUGGAGCUGAUGUUCUUUAGGCUGUCAUCCCAUAAGAACUCAUUUGUGCAGGAAAAGUGUAAAAUCGGCUCCUGAACUUGUGCCUGAUGUCUUGUAUUUUAUGUAUUAGGAGGUUAGAUUGUGUGUUGUUUAAAGAGCUACUGGCCAGGGCGGGUGCAUUUCAGCUUUCAGACGGACAAUAUGGAGAUGUGUUCCUUUACAUGGAGCAGUUUCCUGCGUUUAUCCUUUGGUGCUUAUUGUCAAACUGACUUUUAUACACUAGUGAAUGAGAUUUGUAACAUCAUGUGCGGGAAACGAAUGAAUUCACCUCUGACGGUCACAACUGCUAUAGUUUGAUAUGAAUGUAUACUUGGCGCCUCUCAUAUUGGGGUGCAUUCUGGUUCAGAACUUCCUGACGCCACCAUCUAUAAAGUCCACAGAACUAGAUAACUGUAUAUUUGGCUGAUUAAACUUAAAUUAAAACAAACAACAAA